UAAAGAAAUGAUGAGACCAGUUAAAAAGGCAUUGAAAGCUCUUGACAAUCCCGACCAAUCUCUCUCUGAAGCAGAGCAAGUUAAUCAUACAAUGUUAUGCUUAUUACAAAUAGGGGAACAAAUAAAUGUUUGUUUAGCAAAUUAUACCGAUCCUGAAAAACUUAAAGAAUGGAGAAGCAACUUAUGGCAUUUUGUGUCUAAAUUUACCGAAUUCGAUGCCAAAAAGUUAUAUAAACUGUAUAAAAAAGCAUGUAAGAAGAAUGAAAAGAAAAAAGAGGAUAGUCAACAAGGUGCAAGUUCAUCUGGAAAAGACAAGUCUGAUGGUAAAGAAGACAAAGAAAUGAAUAUUAAAAGAAAACAUGAGAAUGAAAGUGAUAGUAGAGAUGAUAAGGACUUUAAAAAACAUCAUUCGGAAAGUAGGAGAGAAAGAAAAGAUAGAAGCUCAGAAAAAGAUCGUCCAAAAAAAUCAAGGGAAGAAAAUGACGAUGAAAGUCACGAUUAUGCUAGUAGAUACAGUCAAAGUCGUAUGAGUAGAAAACAGAGUUCAGGCCAGAGAUCAAACUUUAGACAUGAUCAGCCAGAAAGAGCAUCUCAUAGUGAUCACGACCGAUGGUCUGGGGGGCAAUCUCGUGAUAGGUUUGCUAUGGAUUACAAAAGGGAUAGAUUUGAUUAUUCCCGAGGAAAUCCAGGCUACCAUAGAGACCGUGACCAUACAAGACCGAUUGACAAAAGAUUACCGUGUAAGGAUGAUUGGCGGUCUUUUCAACGUAGUCGUGAUGCUUCAGUCAUCCCAAUUAGUGCUAGGCCCAUGUAUCCUACGCAUUAUCCUCCAUUUGUUCCUGGCGGCCCUAUGUACGCCCCUGGAGAUCAACCGUUUCCCAGGGAUAGAUUUUCUCCGGGUGAAUGGAGGCCAGAAAGAGACUACAGGCGAGAGUAUGAUCGGAGACAACCUUAAUAAGAUCGUUAUUGUUAAGUGAUGGAAAUUUUUAUCCAUUCAAAGUACUGUACAAGAGAACAAAACAAAUAAAAAGACAAAAGUGGACAAGUGUACAGUUAGUUAUAUUAAUUUAAUUUGUGUGUUGUCUAUGACAGUGAUAUUCCCGAUUGUAGUUGAAGGUGAUGUUGGUGAAUAGAUCGAUUGCAUUUGA